UUUUUUUUUGCUCUUUUGUUCUCUUGUUUACAGUCAAGAUGUCUUUCGGAUUUGGUACUCGUGCUGUUCAUGCUGCUCAACGCCCUGACCCCACUACUGGCGCUGUGAUCCCCGCUCUUUCACUCUCAACUACCUACAAGCAAUCUGCUGCUGGUGUUCAUACUGGUUUUGAAUAUUCUCGUUCUGGUAAUCCUAACCGUAAUAACUUUGAAGAGGCCAUUGCCAAUCUUGAAGGUGCCAAGUACGGUCUUGCAUUUGCCUCUGGUUCUGCUACUACUGCUACCAUUGUCAACUCUUUGGCUCAAGGUUCUCACUUGAUCUCUGUCAACGAUGUUUACGGUGGUACCUACCGUUACUUCACCAAGGUCGCUGUUAACUUGGGCAUUGAAACUACCUUUGUCAACUUGAGUGAUCCUGCCAACAUUGAGUCCCAUUUCAAGCCCAACACCAAGUUGGUCUGGCUCGAAACCCCCACUAACCCUACCCUUCGUAUCAUUGAUAUCCAAGCCAUCGCUGAACGUGCCCAUGCUCAUGGUGCUCUCUUAGUUGUCGAUAACACCUUCAUGUCUCCAUACUUCCAAAACCCCAUCAGUUUGGGUGCUGACAUUGUUGUUCACUCUGUUACUAAAUACAUCAACGGCCACUCUGAUGUUGUGAUGGGUGUUGCUGUCACCAACAAUGAAGAAUGGUACAGCAAGUUGGCAUUCAUGCAAAACUCUUUGGGUGCUGUUCCUUCUGCCUUUGACUGUUUCAUGGCUCGUCGUGGUCUCAUGACACUCGAAAUCCGUAUGCAAAGACACGCUGAAAAUGCUCAAGCUGUUGCUGAAUAUUUGGAAACCAAUGAACAUGUUGAAGAAGUCAUUUACCCCGGUUUGCCUUCUCACCCUAACCACGAAUUGGCCAAGAAGCAACAGAGAGGUUUUGGUGGUAUGAUUUCUUUCCGUAUGAAAGGUAAUUUAGAUAAUGUGAACAAGUUGUUGGGCAACCUUGAACACAUCACUUUGGCUGAAUCUUUGGGUGGUGUUGAAAGUCUUGUUGAAGUACCUGCUAUCAUGACACAUGGUUCUGUUAGCCCUGAAGACCGUGCUGCUUUAGGUAUCACUGAUACUUUGGUUCGUGUCUCUAUUGGUAUUGAAAACAAGCAAGAUUUGAUUGCUGAUCUCAAGCAAGCUUUGGAAAAGGCCUAUUAGAUCCUUCCGCUUUUUUUCUAUGUAUAAUUCGCUUGUAUCAUACAACCCUGUCAUCAUUUAGAUUCCAUUUUGGAAACCAUACACUAUAUAAUCAUCUAUUCAUCUUAAAUAAACCC